AUGUAUGGCGACAUCGAUACAGCUGAGGAGCUUGGAUAUGUAGAAAGAGGUCUCAAGGCCCGUCACAUUCAAUUCAUCGCGAUUGGGGGAACGAUAGGGACUGGCCUUUUUCUUGGUAUCGGCCGUGCUCUCACUCAAGCUGGACCUCUCAGCUUAUUUCUUGGAUACUUGUUCACUGGAAUCGCUGUCUAUGGCAUGGUACAAUCUCUUGGUGAAAUGGCAACAUGGCUCCCAAUCCCAGGGGCUAUCCCUCAAUUUUGCGCCAGAUACGUUGAUGGAGCGUUGGGCUUCGCGGUAGGAUGGAAUAGCUGGUACUCAUACUCUUUGACGGUUGCCGCAGAGGUAUCUGCCGCCUCUGUAGUCAUCCAGUACUGGGAAGGCAUACGCCACAUCAACGUCGCGCUAUGGAUAUGCCUUAUUCUAAUUGGCAUCGUAUGCCUCAACAUUUCUACAGUCUCCGUAUACGGCGAGGCUGAGUUCUGGUUUGCAAGUAUCAAGAUCAUUACAAUUGUUGGGCUGAUCCUCAUGGCCUUCAUCAUUGAUCUUGGAGGGGGUCCGAAGCACGACCGGCUUGGUUUCCGCUAUUGGAAUGACCCUGGUGCGAUGAAGGCGUUCGUCGCAAAUGGAGCUAAAGGUCGCUUCUUAGGCUUCUUCUCCACGCUCAUUAACGCGACUUUUGCGUAUGGCUGCAUCGAAAUAGUGGCCGUUGCGGGUGGAGAAGUCAAGAAUCCAAGGAAAAAUAUCCCCAAAGCCAUAGGCAAAGUCUUCUGGAGAAUCCUGAUAUUCUACGUCAUCGGCUCCCUAGCGAUAGGAGUUCUUGUCCCGUACAAUGAGAAGCGCUUGAUCAGCGCGAUCAAGAACAACGAGCCUGGAGGAGCCGCAUCGCCUUGGGUAAUUGCCAUUCAUCGCGCCGGCAUCCCAGCACUACCUUCCAUUAUCAACGCCUGCAUCAUAACUUCAGCCAUCUCGUCUGGAAACGCAUUCCUUUUCGGUGGUUCGCGCCAUCUCUUUGCUCUAGCUCAGAAUGGGCAGGCGCCGCGAAUCUUUCUCACAUGCUCAAAGACCGGCACGCCGUACUAUUGCAUCGCAGCCACGGCUACAGUUGCCCUCCUUUCUCUCCUUUCCUGCAGCAAAGGUUCCGCACAGGUGUUUGUCUGGUUACAGAACAUAAUCUCUAUCAGCUCACUCCUAAUCUGGACGUCCGUACUCGUGGCGUAUUUGAAAUUCUACUACGCUCUACGCGCUCAAGGCAUCGCCCGGUCCACCCUGCCGUACAGAUCAAAGGGUCAGCCCUAUGUCGCGUGGGCGGCUCUGUGUUACUUCGCAAUUAUCAUACUAUUCAAUGGCUUCUGGACAUUUCCUUCCAAGACCAAAUCGCUGAAUCUUACAGACUUUGUCACAGCGUAUAUAGGGCUGCCGAUCUAUGCAUGUCUCUACGUCGGCUGGAAGCUACUCAAGCGGACGAGAACGAUCAGGUCUGGAGAGGUCGAUCUAAGGACUGGUAAAGCGGCUAUCGACGCAAGGCAGUAUCAGGACGAUAUGAUGGACAAGGAGAAGAGUAGGCGUCCUAGAACGAGGUGGAACAAAUUUUGGUCUUGGCUUGUCUAA